AUGGCGGUUCAAACUAGCGUUUUAGCAUCAAGCCUUCUGUUUGCUACUCUCCUUGGGUCAAUUUGCCGUUCAGGAUCAAUAAGAAAUAACUCGUCGAAACUGCCAGGUAAGAGGCGGUUAAUUUAUCAACUUCCUUUUCAUAUUAUCGUUUAAGUCAUUGCUUAUCCGUUGCACACGAUUCGUCCAAUUAUUGGCACCGUUUAAAUCUUCAGUUGUUUAAUUUAAUAACAUAAAGUAAUAUCGUGCGGCGGCGAUUUGUCCUCCAUUCGAUUGAUUACGUCAGAAGGAGUAAAAUGAACACUGAAUGAAGGGAUUCGAUACGCGUAUAGUGAACUGAGCGAAAAAGUCAGCACAUAGUAUGAUCGCUUCAGAUCGAUGAGCUUUGUAUUUCACAGUAGUUUGCCAUCUUCAGGUUAACAAAAUUGCCCUUUAAACUCUUUUCGGUUCUCUAUCUACGCUUGUGUAGCCUGUGAUUCUAAGUUUCGAAUGAGUUGUUUUUAAAGAUACUAAACCUUGUCACUAGACCACAAUUGGCAAGAUCAUUUGUCCCUUUUAAAACUUUUAUAUAAUUAUGUGAAGAAAAUCCUAUGGUGUGGCCAUUUAAAUGAAACCUCUUAGGGUGAACUUUUGUAUAGUAUUAUUCAUUUCUUUGGAUUUUCCAAAAAGUAAAUUUGAUUUUUUUGUCAAUUAUUUGUUCUUCGGCUUCUAAAAGUAGUGAAAGGGCAGCUUAAACUAUGGGCACAGUUAAAUCUGACUGUAUUGUUUUAAAGUAUUGCCGUGACUCGAGAGAAGGCACUACCUAGCUUAUUUUCAAUUCAUUCUGGCGAUGAAAAAUCCUUUUAAUAAUCAAAUGAAAACUGUAAGGCAGCUUUUUUUCCCGUGCUCUGUUUUAUGCUGUCCGAGGGACGUUUAACGUCUUCCGCCCACAAAAAAUCCUCUCGAUGACUUUUCAAAUUUUCUCUAGUAUUUUUAGAGCAUCCAAUCGAAAUAUUCUAGACAAAAAGAAUAAAACUGAAUUUGCUUUUUAAGCUUUUAUAUCUGAAAUCAAAUUUCGCACUAACCCUGGGUCAUCUUAACUCAGCUUUGAACAACCCGGCCCAGAAAUAUACUGUUGAUUAUGCUUACGCUCCUCAAAAAGGCGACGGUGGGGAAAUACCAUUUUCUAGCCUACACUCUUUAAAGUUUUAGAUCCCAGUUUUUUCAUUUUAUGUUCACCAUGCCUUAGACUUAAGUCUAUAACAUUUACUUGAAAACACGGAAAAUCUUAGCUCUCAUUAUUACCAAUCAGAGCCUAAAAUAGAGCGUAAAAGGAGAUGAAUACAAAGUGUUAUAAUGUAGAUUUAAAGACUGCGAACAUUCUCCUAUGACUGGAGGAGCAUUGACGGCGAGUCCUUUAGUUGAAAAUCUAUAACAGGAGUUUUUUUGUGUUGCUCUCCUGUUUUCUGCUUUGUAUGAAUCCUAGUAUAUGGUCAGAUUCCUUUAAAAACGAUUUGGCCAUGUUUCAACAUUUUUGUCGAGAAAAGAAACCGCAAGUGCAAUCGUGGUGGUCCGGCGGGCGGAUAGUCUGUUGAAAGUCAAUUCUAAAAGCCAGGAAGCUCUGUUGCCCCUCAUAAGAUUAGUCUUGAGUGUCUCCCCACCCAGUUGCAUCGAUAUGGCUUUUUUUUAAGGCGAAAAUACAGGGGACGAUUCGCAAAGACGAUUUUUAGCGCAACACAGCGUUGCAACGUUGUUGCCAAGUUUCAAAUGGAAACAAAUUGCAACGCUGUGUUGCGCUAAAAAUCGUCAUUGCAAAUCGUCCCGUGUAACUUAGAUCGCGGGGACGAUGCAAAGAGACGUGAGCCGGGAAAACAUCGGGGAUGGGGUAGGGAGUGAGAUCUAAGGACUCUAGCUUCCUCUUCCUCUUUUCAUCAUGAUUCAGUUUUUCCCAAUCAAGGACUUCGCUCCACACUCCACUAUCUAUCUGAACGCUUGGAACAGGCAAAUCAUGACGCGCCAACUUUCAAUAUGAUAAACUGAAGCAAGGGAUGGCGCUCGCAUCCCACCAAUCUGGCCCGGUGUGGACGCCAUUAGACUACGAGUAGUCCCCCAUUUUUCCUCAGGAAUAGUAGAGCGAGCAAAACGCGAGCGCGCGUGAAAAUCAACCCACGCGAGAAAAGGCUUUCACGCGCGCUCGCGUUUUGCUCGCUCUACUAUCCCUGAAGAAAAAUGGGGGACUACUCGUGGUCUAGGACGCCAUAUGUUGGUUGAGUUUGUUGUUGGUUCUCUCCUUUGCUUUGAAAGGUUUUCUCCUGAUAGUCCGGUUUUCCCCUCUCCUCAAAAACCAACAUUUUCAAAGUCCAAUUCGUCCAGGAAUCAGGAAGAAGAAGAAUCAUUUUGCGGAUGAGCUAAAUCCAAAUCAUUAAUUAUUAUUUAUUUAUUUAACGGAAGAGUAACCAGAGUAUAAACCGGGGUUGUGGCGGACGAAAGGGCCUGUUAUUGCUUUCUUGGUAUUUUAUUUACGGAUACAUACGUAGUUUAUAUGGGCGUAUCUUUAUUGGUUGAAAUUUGACAUCGCAGAGACCUUCUCAGAGUACUACAGUGAUAUGGGGAGUCUUUCACUCCAUUACAGUCACCCUUCGGUUUCGUGUCUGGCUCAUAUUUUUUGCGAUCCAGCGCUCAGCUUCCGUGGUUCUCAGACUUGAGAGCACUAUACAUUUCAUCUUAAUGUAGGAUAACAGUACGUUUUUAUAUUAAUCUCUCAGGAGAAACACAAUCGACCAACAACCCACUCAUUCCCACUACCGCAAACAACAGAACGAAUGGCUCUAUACAGAGUACAACACUGACGGAGAAAUCUGCAGACACAGAAGUGACAUUGUUUCCAACGUCUGCCUCUGAAUCAGAGCUUCAAAUGACUACUAAAGUGGAGACGUCUUCGAAUCAAAGUAACGUGGACAAACCAGGAUCUCAAGAAGGCAAGUCAAAUACAGAAGUGCUAAGUGUGUCACUUUCGCUGGUCCUUGGUGUCUUAGCAGCAGUCGGCGUUGUGAUUGCUGUGUUGUUUGUUCGCUGGAAAAGGUGAGUUAAGGUUGAAGUUGGUAAAAUCGAACAUCAUAGCACGCGACCGUAAAAGUCGUCAUCAUUAUUCUUAGAUUAAAACAAAUUAAAAUUUUAGAUUAAACUCCAAUUAGCGCUUAUGUUGAGAGUAACUUGGUGACUUGCUAACGCCUAUAUGGGAGUACUCGGUUUUUUUGCUCAUGUAUUCGGCAACUUAAAAGUUAACCACCACAUCGGAUCGGUUGAAAGCCCAUGCAGGGAUCCCACAGGCUAGUAAGAAGUCAUUGGCAAAGAGUGAUCAGCAUGAAAUUUCUCCUUAUAAUAUCAAUGCUUUAGAAAACAGAUUGGUGAUGAGAAUUGAGUACAUGAUCAGGGAAGAUGUGUCUAGUUGAUAUUUCAACAAAUUCUCCCCGCUACUUCUAUUGAAAAAGUAUUUGUUAAUCAAAUUUGGAGUCACCUUCGGUUGGAACGUCCACACAAACGACCUCAGUCAACGGUUCAGUAGCUGAAGGGGUCAUCUCUCGCAUAUGCCGAGAUUUUCAGGCUUCAAUUGGUCUCAGCUUUGACGCCAAAAAACCUUUUAGUAGCCAAUCAGAACAGAAUAGGAUUCCCAGUGAUGCCGAUUGAGCUAAACGAGUUGAUAAAGAGGACCAAGGUGUUUCUGGCUUGCUAAAAAAUCAACGACUGUGAAGGACUAUGGGAAAAUUUGGAACAAGGCGCACGAAUUUCUUGGGAAAGUGAUUUGAAACUUAUGUCAUGUGACAGUAACCGCGAAGAAGGCUCUUACAAGAUCUGAAGGGCUCCAGCGCUUACAUAUAAUGUAAAUCCGCAAAGCAGAAGCACUUUUCACUUAGCUAUAUUUUCGACGAAACAGCCUUGUUUCACACCAUGUCUUCUUUUAGGUUCGCCGGCUUUUGAGAAUACAGACCUAAAUUUUAGGUUUAUAUGAUUACUUCUCUCACAUAUUCCCCACACUUUUCCGCAUUUUGCAAACGUGUUUUGUUAACUUUUUCUCACGUUGUAGAAUAAGAAAAAUGAAGAAAGGAUUCCAAGACGAACUGGCUACUAUAUGUUUACAGUAAGUAAGAUCUUAAAUUAAAGUUUCACCGGUGGACGAGAGUAACUGAGCUAAUAACUGUUUCUCAUAUUACCAUUCCAUCGAGAUUCUUUAUAUGGCAAUCUUCAAAACUUUUGUAAUUUGUACAGUUUGUAGUUUUGUUUAUAGGCCACGCGCUAGGAUUACGUCCACAUACUCUCCAGUGAAAGUUGGAACCACCUCGUACAGCAUAAAUCAACAACUGAAGAAAUACGUGUCUUGUAAAACCCAUCCUCGGAGACCUGGGGGGCAGAUAGUGGGGGCAAGAGAAAGUCUAAACGGCAAAUUUUUUUUCCGCCCGUUUAGACUUUCUCUUGUCCCUAUUAUCUGCCCCUGGGUCUCCGAGGAUGUGUAAAACCUCGCGACUCUCUGGGGAUAGGAAUUGCAUGAACCCUUGAUUCUAUGAAUGCUAAAGAAAGUAAUGCAAAUAUAUUAGAGGAUCUGGAAAGGUAUUUUAGGGAUCCGGGAUUUGACCGAAAUACGGUGUUGGAUUUAGGAAAACGCAAAAUGUCUUGACGAGAUACGGGAUUUCACCAUUACUCGAGAAGCAGGAUUCGCCAAAAUCUUGACGCGGGAUGCGGUAUUAGGAAAGAAACGCUGUUCGGGACACAGACGACAGAAGUUCGGGAUCACGCGGGAUUAUCGUGUAAAAGAAGCGUGAAUGCGGGAUCAGGACCCCCUUCCAGACCCUGAUCUUACUGCACGUAUCGUUCAACUAUAACAUAUUUUUAUUGUUGUUGUUACACAGUGACGAGUUAGCAUCAGAGGCACUAUACGCUUCAUGGAAGCCUUUCAUGGACACAAAUGACACGUCUAACAUGAAGCUUGUUAUUCAACAAUCCACUCCUGAUGCGAAAAGUUCCACUGUCACACUGGGCUAGCAAUCCUUCUGGUCUAGCCUACAAUCGAGCAAGCUCUCCAUUUGGGGGAGUAAGAGAGAAGUCAAGGGAGAGCAGCACGUGAAAGGAGACCCGGCGCUGCUUGCAAACUGUCGCGCCUCGCUUCGCUCGCUAUAAACGAAGAGCUUGCUCGCAGGCUAUUUCUGAUCUUUCUGUCACUUUUAUCAGAGACCAGAGUGCCUGCGCUCAGUUCAAUACAAAUCCUAACCAACAGUGUGUACAAGUUGUAAAAUAUUGCAAAACAAGUAGAAAGCAGCUAUGGACAAAAGGUUUGUCCAGGUUUGAUUACUAGAAUUGUCAGUACGUACUCAAAGGUUUCAGUCACGUUGUAAAAAAUAAUAAAUAGAAGCAUAAAUACGUACAAGACUUCAACGUUUAUGAAUCAAGUGAACCUAUAGCAAAGCGCUGCUCUGUAGUUAUAUAUUUCAUUUGAAUGGUCAUAAUGGUUUUUGUAAUCUCAAAAUCUAGAACCACCUUGUACAGCAUAAUAAACAGCACCACAG